CUCUGCGUCGUUCGCUGCCUUUCUCCCUCCCUCGCUCUCUCUCUCUCUCUCUCUCUCUCUCUCUCUCUCUCCCACCCUCUCUCUCCCUCUCUCUUUUUUUCCCCUCUUCCUCAGACACUCACUAGUCACUGCCCGCAGCAGUAAUCGGACAACUCUCCUUCUCACUCGGUCCGGGUCUCCUGAGAUACGGCGCGGGGCUCCAUGGGUUCCAACACCUAAAAUGAAAAAGAAAAAAGUAGUCUUGUAGUUUACAUUUAUUGUGCUACAGAUUCUACCAACACUGUCAGAAAGUUUGCCGUCUGUUCUGCUGGACUGAACGAUCUCUCCGUAGAAGAUCAUUUUUUAAAAGAAGCUGUAAGACGGGAUAAACGCAAAAGGACCAAAAUUGUAGUCUAUGGAAAUGCAGGAUCUAGCCAGUCCUCACAGCCGAGUAAGUGGAAGCAGUGAGUCUCCUAAUGGUCCCAACCUCGACAACUCCCACAUCAAUAACAAUUCCAUGACACCCAAUGGCACUGAAGGUGAUAACAUCACAAUGCUCACCACUGCAGACUGGUUGUUAGGUUCUAACUCACAGUCCGCUGCAGUUAAAACCGAGCCAAUGAGCAGCAGCGAAAUCAUCCCCUCAGUAGCAGACACCUCUCUAGACAGCUUCUCAGGAUCAGCUAUUGGAAGCAGUGGCUUCAGCCCAAGACAAACUCACCAGUUCUCCCCACAGAUAUACCCUUCCAAUAGAACAUAUCCGCAUAUUCUUCCUACCCCCUCAUCCCAAAAUAUGGCUGCGUAUGGGCAGACGCAGUACACCACAGGAAUGCAGCAGGCCGCAGCUUAUGCUAGCUACCCCCAGCCCGGCCAGCCCUACGGCAUCCCGGCCUACGGUCCAUUGUGGGCAGGCAUAAAGACAGAGGGGGGUCUGACCCAGUCCCAGUCUCCGAGCCAGACCGGCUUCCUAAGCUACAGCUCUGGCUUCACAACGCCGCAGACAGGACAGGCCCCCUACAGCUACCAGAUGCAGGGUGGUACUUUCACAACAACGUCGGGAUUGUACCCGGGAAACAACUCCCUCACAAACUCCACUGGCUUCAACAGCACACAACAGGACUACGGCAGUUAUCCAGCCUUUGGCCAGGGGCAGUAUGCUCAGUAUUACAACAGCUCACCCUACACCUCGCCCUACAUGGCGAGUAACAACACCAGCCCCAGCACGCCCUCCACCACCACCACCACCUACACCCUGCAGGAGCCGCCCACCGGCAUCACCAGCCAGGCCCUCACGGAGAACCCCGCAGUAGAGUACAGCACCAUCCACAGUCCAUCAACCCCCAUUAAAGAUUCAGAUUCGGAUCGAUUGCGCCGGGCAUCGGAUGGAAAGUCACGUGGCCGGGGAAGAAGGAACAACAACCCUUCCCCACCGCCCGACUCUGACCUUGAGCGAGUUUUCAUCUGGGACCUGGAUGAAACAAUCAUCGUUUUCCAUUCCUUGCUCACGGGUUCCUAUGCCAACAGAUAUGGACGGGAUCCUCCGUCAUCUGUAUCAUUAGGCCUGAGGAUGGAAGAGAUGAUCUUCAACUUGGCCGACACACACCUAUUCUUUAACGACUUGGAGGAAUGUGACCAGGUACAUAUCGACGACGUGUCCUCCGAUGACAACGGCCAGGACCUGAGCACGUAUAACUUCGGCGCUGACGGUUUCCACGCCGCGGCGACCAGCGCCAAUCUGUGUCUGGCCACGGGCGUGCGGGGAGGCGUGGACUGGAUGAGAAAGCUGGCCUUCCGCUACAGACGAGUAAAAGAAAUCUACACCACCUACAAAAACAACGUCGGAGGUCUGCUGGGCCCAGCCAAAAGGGAAGCCUGGUUGCAAUUGCGAGCAGAAAUUGAAGCCUUGACGGACUCCUGGUUAACACUGGCACUGAAAGCACUAACAUUAAUCCACUCAAGGUCAAACUGUGUGAAUAUCCUGGUGACCACCACGCAGCUCAUCCCCGCGCUGGCCAAGGUCCUGCUCUACGGCUUGGGGAUUGUCUUUCCUAUCGAGAAUAUUUAUAGUGCAACCAAAAUAGGGAAGGAGAGCUGCUUUGAGAGAGUGAUCCAGAGGUUCGGGAGGAAAGUUGUUUACAUUGUUGUCGGGGAUGGCGUGGAAGAGGAGCAAGGCUCGAAAAAGCACAACAUGCCCUUCUGGAGGAUCUCCAGCCACUCAGACCUCAUGGCCCUGCACCACGCGCUGGACCUGGAGUACUUGUAGCACCUCACCCCGGCUCCGCCUCAGCACACCCUGCGACCUUUCACCGUCGGUCCUGCGUCCCCUUCCCACGCUUGCCACAGACCCAGCUCAGAAAACAGCCCCCCUUCCCCCUCCGCUGACCCCCCGCCCCCCCUACUCCCCACCGCGCUGCCUGGCGUCUGUCUUCCACUACACAGGAAGAAACGAAGGGGAGAAUUGAGGAAGGGAGAAAAGAAAGAAAAGAAAAGAGGCCGAGCACGCGGUAAAUGUGCUGACAUUCGGCCACGCUUCGUCUUAACCCUAAACUUUGAUUUUUCUCUCUCUGGAAGCGAGUGAGAGAGAGGUGAAUUUACGGCGCCGCAGCUGCUUGCCCUGGUUACUGUGAAUCGGCCGUUUUGUUUUUUUCUGAAGCCGUCAAAGUGUUUUACGGCACGCCCCCCCCCCCAUCCCACUGUUUGUGCCCGGGACUCUUUCAGGGUUCACACCUGUGAGGAGAGCAGAGCUACCGACAGCCUCGCGCGCGAAACUCGAGCUCCAGCAACGGCCGCAGGCCCACGACUACUGGGGGCGACGGGUCUCCUUCUCGUCCGUCUGCCUGCGUUUCUAGCGUCCUCGACAGACGGAAAGCGAGCGCUCCUCUGCCCCCCCUUCCCCCCCCGUCGGCCUGUCGGAGUCCUGUCCUUGUUAUUUAUGAACGGAGACUUGUGUGAGUGGCGCCGUGCCGCAGAGGAGGCACAUCGGCGAACAAAAGACUCGUGCCUUUUUUACAAAGUGCCCAAUUGAUUUACACCGCAGCGAGAGCGAGACGACUGGUAGAAGAAAUGAAAAAAAAAUAAGGGGAGUUUUCUAAAUAUUUAAGGAAAAUUACAAAAACUUUAUCUACAAUGCUGAGACAAUCGUGUAUAGAGGAAAUCUUUUUUGUGUGUGUAAGUUUGUAAUCACUGGACUAUUCCUUCCUAUAUUCAUUUAGGUACGUGCUCUUGAAAGGUGCCGAUGCUUUUUCAUUGUAAAAAAAAAAUAAUACUAAAAGCCUCCCAUCGCACGUGAGCUUGUGCAAAGCCUGAAAGCGUUGAUGUGUUGAAGUUUUGUUCAGUAAACAGAUAUGUAGAUAAUGGGAUUUUGUGAUAAAUUGUUUUGUCAAGACCAAAAGCAUGGAUGUCAAGUGUCAAUGACCUUUCAUUUGAUUCUGCGAUGUUUCUCGUCCUCCCAGGAAACUUCUGAUCACAUCUUGAUGCAACACAGCAGGUCCCUUUAGAUUCAUAUUUGAAAGGGAAUGAGAUAUUUGGUGGGUUUUUUGGAGAGGGGUAUUCAGAACGGUAGCUCACAACCUUUGUCCUUACGGCAUUUCCCCGGCCUGCAGCCCCAACCCCAUUCAUUUUGGAAGCAAACUUAAUUCUGAUGUUUUUGGGAUAUGGUGUGUGAGAAAACUCACAAUUUCCACCCUCCUGAAGGCCAUUUUAACAAAAAAUAAAAUUAAUUGACAAGCAAGCAGGCUUGGAUAGGUUUUAUUAUCUUUUAUACAAGCGCUAUAACAACUUGUACAGCAAGCCUAACUUUGUAUGAUGUAGUGUUUUUAUUUCAACUUUUAAAAUACAUUCUGUAUCCCACUUUGAAAUAGUUUUAAGACAUAAAUCCCUCUGCAUAAUGCUUCUACGUCUGUGGAUGGGGAAACCAUUAUUACCAUUUGAAAGAAAAGCCACUAACUUGGGGUUUGUGAACGUACAGGAUGCGUGCUAUCGACUGUGAAUUUCUUCAACAGAAACCCAUUCGUUGUGUGUCUAAUUUUCCCUCCUUUGCACAUGAUCACUGUUGGCCUUUACAUUUCAAUUUGGAUCCCUCCCUCCCUCCCUCCCUCCCUCCCCUAACGACCCUCACUCCUCCCCAUCUUCUCAAAACAACUUCUUCCCCCGCUCUCCGGGGGGGUAUCUACAUAUUGCUGCUAGACCAAGGUAAUGGUAGGUAAACUAGAGGAAAUGUUUUAUAGAUUCAUACAGCACGCUUUUUUUAUUGUGUUGCAAACAUAAAUGCAAACUGGAAAUACUUUACAAUACGUGGGCCUCAUUGUGAAACGCAAACGAUUGUUGUGUCUGCAAAAUAUGUGUACAGAUGUUUUUGACAUUAUUAUUUGAUUGUGUUUAAAUUAAUAAAACUGAUUUGUGAACUGUUA